UCGAAAAGAAAGAGAAAUUUCGUGACCAUAAUAAGCCAAUUGAAUAAUCAAGAAAAUAAUUAUCGCCCCAAUAUUAUAAACAUUACUUCAAGUGUAAGUCAACGAUCUGCUUAUUCAAAUGACUCUAUUGAAAUGGGAAUUUUAGAAAAUAUUACAAACAAACAAAAUAAAAAACAACAACAACCACUUGUUAAAAUUCAACGAAUCAUUGGAUACUCCAAGACUAAUAAAGCUGUAGGUCAGAGCUUUGACAAAAACAACAAAAACAUCACCAGUCUUGACGAUAAUCAUCUAGCUGAAAACCAAAAAGGCCCAGCCCUCCAAAAACAAGACAACCAAGAUCAAGCACUUAUCGUCAACAACAUCAUUGACAAUAAUCAUCAAGGUGAAAAUAAGCAAAUUAUGGAAAAUCAUAAUAAUAAUGACCAGCCACAGCCAAAUAUCAUCAACAACACCAACAAUCAACAAACUGAAACCGAAGAACUUCCCGUACACCAUGUCCGAGAAAACCAUCAAGAGAGAGUUAAUGUUAUUGUUGCCAAUGAAAUCAAUAACCAUCACAACAAUCACAACAUCCAAGACAAUGAGCCAAACGAACUUAUUUUAAUAAAUAAUAUUGAUAAUGAUGAUAAUGAGCAAGGUGAUGCAACUGAACAUGAAGCAGGCCAAGAGAAUGAGCAAGAAGAAAUGAUUGUCAUCAAUAAUGUUAUAAACAAUAAUGAGAACAAUAACAACGGUCAAGUAGUCCAGAACCAAGGUGACCAGUAUAAUAGAAUCAAUAACAACAAUAAUAUUCUCGCACAGAGGCAACCAGCUGCCCAAGGUCAUAGGCAACGAAACUGGAUAGACGAGCUGCCUCCUGAUGUAGAGCAUGAGGAUCAAUUAUAUGGUCCCGAUCAUGAAGGUGGAAUGAUGCAGAAUAUAGGACACAACAUUUUCUGUCGCAACCAUGUUUACUCGGACGCGAUUCGAUCUUCAAGUGGAACUACAAUAGCAAGACGAUUAAUGGAUGGAGUUUUUAAACCAGAGAUAAUUCAAUCUUGCACAUUGACGGGACAAACAGCAAGAAAUGGAGGUGUAAAAAACUCAGUUACUCCACCCCGUCGCCUUCACAUCCGAGCGAUAGAAGCAAUAAUAGAAUGUGCCAUGAACAAUGCACGCUUCCGAAGACUUGUUGCACAAAACCGAGAUAAAUACAACAAAGCGAUUGCCAGCCAAAUAUGUAAAAUUAAGGCGAAACAUAAAACAAAUAAUCAUAUUAGAAUUGCUUAG